AUGACUCUACAGGAUGGCGUCGCUCCCAACGGAGCUGCUCCUGCUAGGAGACACGAAGAGUACCAGUAUCUUGACCUGAUACGGGAAAUUCUGGAAGAAGGGGAGCAAAGACCCGAUCGUACAGGCACCGGCACCAUCAGCAUUUUCGCCCCUAGACCAAUCAAGUUCUCUCUCAACCAGGACGGCAUUCCCAUCCUUCCGCUUCUAACUACGAAACGCGUCUUUCUUCGGGCCGUCAUUGCCGAACUGUUGUGGUUCAUCGAGGCCAACACGUCAUCCAAGGCCCUCAGCGACGUCGGCGUCAGGAUCUGGGACGGCAACGGCUCCCGCGAGUUCCUCGACAACCUGGGCCUCACGCACCGCGAAGAAGGCGACCUGGGACCCGUCUACGGCUUCCAAUGGCGUCACUUUGGAGCGGAAUACGUGGAUGCCAAGACGGACUAUACGGGCCAGGGCGUCGACCAGCUUGCAGACGUCAUUGACAAACUCAAGCACAAGCCGUACGACCGCAGGAUAAUCAUGAGUGCGUGGAACGCCCGUGACUUGCAUCUCAUGGCGCUGCCGCCGUGCCAUGUGUUUGCCCAAUUCUACGUCUCAUAUCCCAGGCGCAGACGGCGGAACGGCGCAGUCCCGUCAGCCAACGGCUGUACGUCCUCCUCCACGGAGGCAAGCAACGGCGCCGAGGAGAGCAAGGCGACUGAGAAGGGCCAUCUGCACUGUCAACUGUACCAGAGAUCCUGUGACAUGGGUCUCGGCGUGCCGUUCAACAUUGCUAGCUACGCCCUGCUCACGCACAUGAUUGCCCACGUGUGCGAUUUGGUACCCGGCAGCUUGACACACGUCAUGGGCGAUGCUCACGUCUACGCCGACCAUGAAGACGCUCUGAAUGUCCAGUUGGAAAGAGAACCACGCCAGUUCCCCGAGGUGGAAAUGGCGCGAGAGAAGGGAUGUAGCAUAGACGGGUGGAAGGUGGAAGACAUCAUUGUCAGGGGGUAUGAUCCGCACAAGACGAUCGCCAUGAAGAUGGCUGUAUGA